CACGCCUUCACUCCCGGAGGCCGGGACUCUCUCCCUCUUUAUAUACUUUUCGUUAAUAAGAAACUUCAACACAAACACAAACACGAAUCAGAAACUUCUGUUUUAUAAUAUUUUUUCUCUCGUUUCUGAUUACAAUAAUGAUUUCGUAUGCUAAUAAUCAUGUUGUUUACACUUUCAUACUUCUCCUAUUAAUCGGUAACACGAUUGCAUUUUCUUCGAAUCCGUUGCCGCAUGCUCAAGAUCCGAAUCUAGUAGUCGACGAAGUUAAUAGAAGUGUAUUCAAUGCGUCGAGGAGGAGCCUGGCCUACCUAUCUUGCAGAACCGGUAACCCGAUUGAUGAUUGUUGGCGGUGCGAUCCAAAUUGGGAGACAAACCGCCAACGGUUAGCCGAUUGUGCUAUCGGGUUUGGCAAAAACGCUAUUGGAGGCCGUAAUGGCCGAAUAUACGUGGUUACAGAUCCGACCAAUGAUGAUCCGGUCAACCCUAGACCCGGAACUCUAAGACAUGCGGUCACACAAGAAGAACCGUUAUGGAUCAUUUUCAAGAGAGAUAUGGUCAUUAGGCUCAAGAAAGAACUCAUCAUCACAUCUUUCAAGACCAUUGAUGGUAGAGGCUCAAGUGUUCACAUAACCGAUGGACCUUGCAUUAAGAUCCAUUAUGCAACAAAUAUCAUCAUACAUGGCAUUAACAUCCAUGACUGCAAACCAGGACCAGGAGGCAUGAUUAGAGAUGGACCACGUCACACUGGUUGGUGGAUCCCAUCCGAUGGAGAUGCGGUGGCGAUAUUUGGAGGGAAACACGUGUGGAUUGACCAUUGCUCGUUGUCUAACUGCGACGAUGGUCUCAUUGACGCCAUACAUGGUUCGACGGCUAUAACCAUAUCGAACAACCACAUGACGCAUCAUGACAAGGUCAUGCUUUUAGGGCAUAGCGAUAGUUAUACAGAGGACAAGAACAUGCAAGUCACCAUUGCGUUUAACCAUUUCGGUGAAGGGCUUGUUCAAAGGAUGCCACGGUGCAGGCAUGGAUAUUUCCAUGUGGUGAACAAUGAUUAUACUCACUGGGAAAUGUAUGCAAUCGGUGGGAGUGCAUCUCCGACGAUAUACAGCCAAGGCAAUAGAUUUCUCGCUCCUAACACCCGAUUUAAUAAAGAGGUUACAAAACAUGAAGAUGCACCCGAAAGCCAAUGGAGAGACUGGAAUUGGAGGUCGGAAGGGGAUAUGUUGUUGAACGGAGCUUAUUUCCGACAGUCUGGUGCUGGAGCUUCGUCCACUUAUGCGAGAGCUUCGAGCCUGAGUGCGAGGCCAUCGUCUCUUGUGGGUUCCAUCACCACGACCGCUGGCACUCUAAAUUGUCGGCGAGGUCGACGUUGUUGAUGUAAAUCAGUAUAAUGAUGAUAUAAUAUAAUGAAAUUGUUAAGAGAGAGAGAGAAAAAUAUUAAAGGAUCAUUGUUUACGCAAUGGUUCAUAUGUUUAACGAAUGGUAAGAGUCUCAUUUUCAGUGUAAUGCCUCUCCUAUGUCUCUAGGCAUUUGCGAGAGAUGAUUUUCAAAUUUUAUAUCAAAUCUAAUUUCCAAGCUAAAAAAACACCGUUUUGUUUUUUCUUAUUGCUUAAAUCAAGAAUUUUUUUUCGGG